AUGGCCUUCUGGGAGAAGGCACAUCUCAUGGGAGAGUAUGGCAAGCGCCUGAAGUUCUAUAGGAGGUUUGUAGAUGACCUUUUCCUUUUAUGGGAGGGGGAUGAAUCUACUUUUGCACCCAUCUUUUCACAUCUGAAAGGAAGUACCCCUUAUCUGAGAUUUAAGAUGAAGAGUUCAUUAGACUGGGUUGAUUUCCUGGAUAUGAAGGUGAACCAGAGGUCUGAUGGCUGUUUUGAAACUGAGAUACAUAGGAAGGAUUGCUAUAGGAGCAGUUACUUGCAUAGAACAAGUAUGCACCCCCAGCAUAUUUUCAAGAACAUUGUUAGGGGGCAAGGACUCAGAACAUCUAGAUUAGCAGUGAACCAAGAUAAGUUUGAGGGUGAGCUCAAGGAGCUUAGAACAAGGGUCCUACAGAGGGGCUCUGCUGAUAAUGAACUCGAUGAGCUUAGAGCAAGGGUCCUACAGAGGCGCUCUGCUGAUAAUGAGCUCGAUGAGCUUGGAACAAGGAUUGCAUAUGGAUCUGUAGUUUCCACCCUGAGUGACAGGACCAUUUUUCCAUCAUUUUUCCGUACAUUACCAAGUGACACUUUUGGUGCAGUUGCUUUGGCACAUUUCAUUAUUCACUUUGGUUGGAAAUGGAUUGGAAUUUUAUCAUCUGAUAAAGAAUAUGGUGUACUGGGAGCUCAAAGAAUUAAAGACAUUCUUAUCCCAAAAGGCUUCUGUGUAGCAUUUGUAGAAACAUUCUAUUCAAAAAAUCCAGCAGCAAAAAUUAUGCAUAUAAUAGAACAGAUAAGAAUAACAUCUGUGAAGGUGAUUGUAAUAUACUCAAGACAGGAACCAAUGGUUAACCUAAUGGAAGACCUUUAUCAGCAUAAUGUAACACAAAUCGUUUGGCUUGGGCCUCCUGGGUGGUCAGUGUCACCAGGUUUUUCAACAAAUGUAAUGCAGCAACUUUUGAAUGGUACAAUAUCAUUGUAUGCUCAUAAGGGUGAUAUUCCAGGAUUUAAAGAUUUUCUGUACAACAUCCAGCCAUCAUUUUACCCAGAAGACAUUUUUAUUAAACAGUUUUGGGAGCAUGUAUUCAGAUGUAGCUUUUCAGGCAGUAUUGCAAGUGAAAACAAAGGGAAAGAGAAACCAGCUUGUUCAGGUGCUGAGAGCCUCACUGCACUUGGGAAACCUGUCUACGAGGAGGAGGAAUUCCGUUACACCUAUAGCGCUCAUAAUGCCAUCUAUAUGUUAGCACAUGCCUUGCACGAUUUAUCUUUUUGUAGUCACACAAUGGGGCCAUUUUCAAAUACAAGCUGCCCAAAGAUCCAUGAAUUUCAUCCAUGGCAACUUGCACAUUAUAUGAGGACCAUUCAUUUUAAGAACACUGGAGGUGAAGAGAUAUUUUUUCAGGAAAAUGGAGAACCACCUAUUGUGUAUGAUUUCCUGAACUGGCAUGAACUUAUAGAUGAACCUAGUAAGUAUGUGGAAAUAGGAAUAUUUGACUCACGUGCCCCUAAAGGUCAUGAACUGACAAUCAAUGAGACUGGAAUUAUGUGGGGUAAAGAAUAUCACCAGGCACCCCGCUCCAAAUGCAGUGAGUCCUGCUCAUUAGGACAAAGAAAAGUCAUUCGGCAGGGUCGGCCAGUUUGCUGCUAUGAAUGUGUAUCAUGUUCAGAAGGAGAGAUUUCAAAUGAAACUGAUGCCAAUGCCUGUAUUCCAUGUUCUGCUGAUCAAUGGUCUAAUAAGAAUCAAGAUGGAUGCAUUCUUAAGGUCAUACAAUUCCUAUCCUAUGAAGAGCCUCUUGGUAUCAUUUUGGCUUUCAUUUCUACUGCCAGUUCUGCAAUUACUGUGCUGAUUUUCUGUGUUUUCAUUAAAUUUAGGGAUACGCCACUUGUGAAGGCUAAUAAUCAUGAACUCAGCUACCUUCUUCUCAUUUCUUUGGUAUUGUGUUUCCUUUGUUCAUUAAUAUUCAUAGGACAGCCAAGAAAAAUGAACUGCUUGCUUCAGCAGCCUGCCUUUGGCAUAAUUUUUUCUAUGUGUAUCUCAUCAGUUCUUGCCAAGACAAUGACUGUUGUUAUUGCAUUCAGUGCCACUAAACCUGGAAGCCGAGCUAAACAGUGGGUGGGAAAUAAAACACCAAAUGGGCUUGUCAUCUUUUGUUCUGCACUUCAGCUCCUGCUGUGUAUUGUUUGGAUUGUUGUUUCCCCACCAUUCCCAUAUGUUAACAGGAAUGCAUCAAAGGACAGGAUUAUCAUAGAAUGCAAUGAAGGAUCAACGUUUGCCUUCUGCUGCAUGCUGGGAUAUCUGGGACUCUUGGCGAGUGUGUGUUUCAUUGUGGCCUUUAUGGCACGAAAGCUGCCAGAUAGCUUUAAUGAGGCUAAAUUCAUCACAUUCAGCAUGUUAGUGUUUAUCAGUGUAUGGCUGUCUUUCAUCCCAGCGUAUCUCAGUACACAAGGGAAGUAUAUGGUGGCUGUAGAAAUAUUUGCAAUCAUAUCUUCAAGUGCUGGCCUCCUGAGUUGCAUAUUUUUCCCCAAAUGUUAUAUUAUUUUAUUCAGACCAGACAAAAAUACACGAGAACACAUGAUGGGAAGAGUAAAUCAAAGUGCUAGAGUUUAA